GGCGGAGCGCCCGAAGAGCAGCGGGCUGGCUGCCGGGCGGGGACCCGGGCCGGGACCGGCGGCGCGCGGCGGCCAAGGCCCAGCUCCAGGACGCGCGCCCCGAGCCCGGGAGGCAUGCUGAGGCCAGGCCGCCGGCAGGAUGAGUGUGAAAGAGGCGGGCAGCUCCGGCCACCGGGGGCAGGCGGCCUACCACCUGCACAUCUACCCGCAGCUGGCCACCAGCGAGAGCCAGACCCCGUGCCAGGCCUCGUGCCGCGUGACAGCCACCAAGGACAGCACCACAUCCGACGUCAUCCAGGACGCCAUCACCAGCCUGCAGCUGGACGGCAGCAAGCGCUACGUGCUGGUGGAGGUCAAGGAGACGGGCGGGGAGGAGUGGGUGCUGGAUGCCAACGACUCGCCUGUGCACCGUGUGCUGCUGUGGCCACGGCGGGCGCAGGACGAGCACCCCCAGGAGGACGGCUACUACUUCCUGCUGCAGGAGCGCAACGCAGACGGGACCAUCAAGUACGUGCACAUGCAGCUCGUGUCCCAGGCCACGGCCACCCGGCGCCUGGUGGAGCGUGGCCUCCUGCCUCGGCCGCAGGCGGACUUUGAUGACCUGUGCAACCUCCCUGAACUGACCGAGGAGAACCUCCUGAAGAACCUCAAACACCGCUUCCUGCAGCAGAAGAUCUACACGUAUGCCGGGAGCAUCCUCGUGGCCGUCAACCCCUUCAAGUUCCUCCCCAUCUACAACCCCAAGUACGUGAAGAUGUACGAGAACCAGCAGCUGGGCAAGCUGGAGCCCCACGUGUUCGCGCUGGCCGACGUCGCCUACUACGCCAUGCUCCGGAAGCACGUCAACCAGUGCAUCGUCAUCUCAGGCGAGAGCGGCUCCGGCAAGACGCAGAGCACCAACUUCCUGAUCCACUGCCUCACCGCCCUGAGCCAGAAGGGCUACGCCAGCGGCGUCGAGAGGACCAUCCUCGGUGCUGGUCCGGUGCUGGAGGCUUUCGGGAAUGCUAAAACGGCUCACAACAACAAUUCCAGCCGAUUUGGGAAAUUUAUCCAGGUCAACUACCUGGAGAGCGGCAUCGUGAGAGGAGCUGUGGUCGAAAAGUACCUGCUUGAAAAGUCUCGCCUGGUCUCUCAAGAGAAGGAUGAGAGGAACUACCAUGUGUUUUAUUAUUUGUUACUUGGCGUCAGCGAGGAAGAGCGUCAGGAAUUUCAGCUCAAGCAACCUGAAGAUUAUUUCUACCUCAACCAGCAUAACUUGAAGAUUGAAGAUGGGGAGGACCUCAAGCAUGACUUUGAAAGACUCAAGCAGGCCAUGGAGAUGGUGGGCUUCCUCCCUGCCACCAAGAAGCAGAUCUUUUCCAUCCUCUCGGCCAUCCUGUACCUGGGCAACGUCACUUAUAAGAAGAAAGCCACGGGCCGAGACGAAGGCUUGGAGGUUGGGCCCCCUGCGGCGCUGGACACACUGUCACAGCUCCUGAAGGUGAAGCGAGAAAUCUUAGUGGAAGUUCUGACCAAAAGAAAAACAGUGACCUCCAACGACAAACUCAUCCUUCCCUAUAGUCUCAGCGAGGCCAUCACCGCCCGCGACUCCAUGGCCAAGUCACUAUACAGCGCCCUGUUCGAUUGGAUCGUGCUGCGGAUCAACCACGCCCUCCUCAACAAGAAGGACAUGGAAGAGUCCGUCUCGUGCUUGUCCAUUGGGGUCCUCGACAUCUUUGGGUUUGAAGACUUUGAGAGGAACAGUUUUGAACAGUUCUGCAUCAACUACGCCAACGAGCAGCUCCAGUAUUACUUCAACCAGCACAUUUUCAAACUGGAGCAGGAGGAGUACCAGAGCGAAGGGAUCUCGUGGCACAACAUCGACUACACAGACAACGUUGGCUGCAUACAUCUGAUCAGCAAGAAGCCCACCGGCCUCUUCUAUCUCCUGGAUGAAGAGAGCAACUUUCCCCACGCCACGAGCCAGACCCUGCUGGCCAAGUUCAAACAGCAGCAUGAGGACAACAGAUACUUCCUCGGCACCCCCGUCAUGGAGCCGGCGUUCAUCAUUCAGCACUUCGCAGGGAAAGUGAAAUAUCAGAUCAAGGACUUCCGGGAGAAGAAUAUGGACUACAUGCGGCCGGACAUAGUGGCCCUCCUGCGGGGCAGCGACAGCUCCUACGUUCGGGAGCUCAUCGGCAUGGACCCCGUGGCCGUGUUCCGCUGGGCGGUGCUCCGGGCUGCCAUCCAGGCCAUGGCCGUGCUCCGGGAGGCCGGGCGCCUGCGGGCCGAGAGGGCUGAAAAGGCUGCAGCAGGUCUGGGCAGCUCUGGUGCCCGAGGUCACCUGGGAGAGCUGCAGAGAGGAGCCAGCACCCCAUCGGAAAAACUGUACCGCGAUUUGCAUGACCAAAUCAUCAAGACCAUCAAAGGAUUGCCCUGGCAGGGUGACGACCCCCGUAGGCUUCUCCAGUCCCUCAGUCGGCUCCAGAAACCCCGCACCUUCAUCCUGAAAAGUAAAGGUAUCAAACAAAAGCAGAUCAUUCCAAAGAACCUGCUGGACUCCAAAUCCCUGAAACUCAUCAUCAGCAUGACCCUGCACGACCGCACCACCAAGUCCCUGCUGCACCUGCACAAGAAGAAGAAGCCGCCCAGCAUCAGCGCCCAGUUCCAGACAUCCCUUAAUAAGCUCCUGGAGGCACUGGGGAAGGCAGAGCCCUUCUUCAUCCGCUGCAUCCGCUCCAACGCCGAGAAGAAAGAGCUGUGUUUCGAUGAUGAGCUGGUGCUGCAGCAGCUGCGCUACACAGGCAUGCUGGAGACCGUGCGGAUCCGGAGGUCGGGCUACAGCGCCAAGUACACGUUCCAGGAUUUCACGGAGCAGUUCCAGGUACUGUUGCCCAAGAAUGCCCAGCCCUGCAGGGAGGUUAUCUCUGCCCUGCUGGAGAAGAUGGACAUAGACAAGAGGAGCUACCAAAUCGGCAAGACCAAGGUUUUCCUGAAGGAGACGGAGCGGCAGGCCCUGCAGGAGACACUGCACCGGGAGGUCGUGCGGAAGAUCCUGCUCCUGCAGAGCUGGUUCCGGAUGGUGCUGGAGCGCAGGCACUUCCUACAGAUGAGGCGGGCGGCCGUCACCAUCCAGGCCUGCUGGCGGUCCUACCGCGUCCGCCGGGCACUGGAGAGGACACAGGCAGCAGUGUACCUCCAGGCCGCGUGGAGGGGCUACCGGCAGCGGGCAGCCUACCAGCUCCAGAGACAGACCAUCAUCCGCCUGCAGAGCCUCUGCCGGGGGCACCUGCAGCGCAGGAGCUUCAGCCAGAUGGUGGCAGAGAAGCAGAAGGCUGCAGAGAAGGAGAGGGAAGCCCAGCGAGCCGCCAAACAGGAAACAGCAGAGACCGGGCCGGGCUGGGCAGCUGGGCAGGAGCCCUCGCAGGGCCCAGAACCAUCCAAGGACGGCGAGCAUUUGGAGCUGGAGCCCGAGGCGUGGCCCAGUGACGGGUCCCCCGGGGAGAGCUCCCAACCGGAGAAGGCGCCCCCAGCCCAGAAAAACGCAGCCGAAAGUCACGAGAAAGUGCCCAGCAGCCGGGAAAAGCGCGAGUCACGCCGGCAGAGGGGGCUGGAGCACGUGAAGCUCCAGAACAAGCACAUCCAGUCCUGUAAGGAAGAGCACGCCCUCAGAGAACCUUCUAGAAGGGCCGUCCCAGAGCCACAAGAGAGCCUCGCAGAAGACAGAAAGGAGGACAGAGAAGAUGAAAGCCCUCGGGACGCGAGGACGGACACAGGGCUGGCUCCUCCUGAAAAGCAGCCCGAGGAGCCCCUGCAGCCCACGCCGGGCAGCCUGGUCUCAGCUGAAGCCCAGGGCGGGAGCCCCAGGCCCGGCCACGUGGAACGACCCACCAGCCUGGCCCUGGACAGCAGGGUCGGCGUGCCGGCCCCCGGUGCCACCCCGGAGACUCCCAAGGACAAGAGCAAGCUGGGGGUUGGCCCGAGGGCCCAGGACAGGCCCGAGAGCCCAGGAGGCUCCACCCAGAUUCAGCGGUACAGGGACCCAGACGCCGAGCGGCUGGCCAGCGCCGUGGAGCUGUGGCGGGGCAAGAAGCUGAUGACCGCUGGCCCCAGCACCGUGCUGAGCCAGUCCCUGGACCUCAGCGAGCGGCACCGGGCCGAGGCGGUCGCCCUCACGCCCACAAAGGAGAGGCGCAUUUCCUUAUCCACGAGCGACGUCUCCAGGCUCCUCUCGUCCCCGUCCCAGACCAAGACUCAGCCUUCUGCAGAAACCAUGGAUGGGGAGCCCAGCAUGAAGAAGCUGGCCAUCCAGAAGAAGAAGUCGGGUGACGCAUCCUUGGGGACAGAUGCUGGGCUGUCCCCAGGCUCUGUCGAUUCUAAAUCCACGUUUAAGAGACUUUUCCUGCAUAAGAACAAGGAUAAGAAAUACAGCCUGGAGGGCACAGAGGAGACAGAGAACACAGUACCCGGGCAAGUCGUACUGGAAGCCGCCGCCAUGAAGAAGAAUCUAGAAGCCCCCUCCAGCCACCAGCACCGCCACGCCACCGGCGAGAAGCACGCCAAGGAGCCAGGAGGCAAAGGGAAGAAGAACCGGAACCUCAAGAUUGGCAAAAUCACGGUGUCAGAGAAGUGGCGAGAGUCGGUGUUCCGCAAGAUCACCAACGCCAACGAGCUCAAGUACCUGGAUGAGUUCCUGCUCAACAAGAUAAAUGACCUGCGUUCCCAGAAGACUCCCAUCGAGAGCUUAUUCAUCGAAGCCACCGAGAAGUUCCGAAGCAACCUCAAGACCAUGUAUUCUGUCCCUAACGGGAAGAUCCACGUCGGCUACAAGGACCUGAUGGAGAACUACCAGAUCGUCGUGAGCAACCUGGCGGCCGAGCGCGGCGAGAAGGACACCAACCUGGUCCUCAACCUCUUCCAGUCGCUGCUGGACGAGUUUACCCGCGGGCACACCAAGAACGACUUCGAGCCUCCCAAGCAGAGCAAAGCUCAGAAGAAGAAGCGGAAGCAGGAACGUGCUGUCCAGCAGCACAACGGGCACGUGUUCGCCAGCUACCAAGUGAGCAUCCCCCAGUCCUGCGAGCAGUGCCUCUCCUACAUCUGGCUCAUGGACAAGGCCCUGCUCUGCAGCGUGUGCAAGAUGACCUGCCACAAGAAGUGUGUGCACAAGAUUCAGACCUACUGCUCUUACACAAGUGGGAAGAAGAUCGAGCCAGGCACUGAGCCGGGCCACUUUGGCGUGUGCGUGGACAGCCUGACCAGCGACAAGGUCUCAGUGCCCAUCGUGCUGGAGAAGCUUCUGGAACACGUGGAGAUGCACGGCUUGUACACCGAGGGCCUCUACCGCAAGUCGGGUGCCGCCAACCGCACGAGGGAGCUCCGGCAGGCGCUGCAGACAGACCCCACGGCAGUCAAACUGGAGAACUUUCCCAUCCACGCCAUCACCGGGGUGCUCAAGCAGUGGCUGCGGGAGCUGCCCGAGCCCCUCAUGACCUUCGCCCAGUACGGCGACUUCCUCCGCGCCGUCGAGCUGCCGGAGAAGCAGGAGCAGCUGGCCGCCAUCUACGCCGUCCUGGAGCACCUUCCAGAAGCCAACCACAACUCCUUGGAGAGGCUCAUCUUCCACCUGGUCAAGGUGGCCCUGCUUGAGGACGUGAACCGAAUGUCACCCAGCGCACUGGCCAUCAUCUUUGCGCCCUGCCUCCUGCGCUGCCCCGACAACUCGGACCCGCUGACCAGCAUGAAGGACGUCCUCAAAAUCACCACGUGCGUGGAGAUGCUGAUCAAAGAACAGAUGAGGAAGUACAAAGUGAAGAUGGAGGAGAUCACCCAGCUGGAGGCUGCUGAGAGUAUCGCCUUCCGGAGGCUCUCUCUUCUGCGACAAAACGCUCCCUGGCCUCUCAAACUGGGGUUUUCGUCUCCUUAUGAGGGGGUCCUGGUAUGUACACGUACGGUCAAGAACCCCAAGACCCGGAUGAGCAGCAGCGGUGGCCUGGAGGAGCUGGGGGUGCUGCCAGAGGAGGAAGUGGCCGGCGGUGAAGAGGAUCGUGAGAAAGAGAUCCUAAUUGAGCGGAUCCAGUCCAUCAAGGAGGAGAAGCAAGACAUCACGUACCGGCUGCCAGAGCUGGACCCUCGGGGCUCCGAUGAAGAGAACCUGGACUCAGAGACAUCAGCUAGCACCGAGAGCCUGUUGGAAGAGCGGGCUGGGCGGGGGGCCUCGGAAGGGCCCCUCGCGCCUGCUCUCCCCUGCCCCAGCGCACCCACCCCGAGCCCCCUCCCCGAGGCGGCCGCCCCUCCUCGACGAAGGCCGUCGUCCUUCAUGACGGUUAGAGUGAAGACCCCCCGGCGGACCCCCAUCAUGCCCACGGCCAACAUCAAGCUCCCGCCCGGCCUGCCCUCCUAUCUCCCUGGCCGGGCACCAGGUGCCCAGGAAGCUGCCACCCCGGUGAGGCGCCGAGAGCCACCUGCUCGCCGCCCAGACCAGGUACACUCUGUGUAUAUCACACCCGGCACUCACCUGCCCACUCAGGGCCCUCAGGAGCCCCUGGACAAGGACGACCGGCCACCUGGGACCAAGCGGAGGUACUCGGACCCCCCAACCUACUGCCUGCCCCCUGCCUCGGGCCAGGCCAAUGGCUGAGGGCCCACAGCUGUCAGAGUCCGCAUAUCCAAGGACGGCCCGGUGCCAGAGCUGGGUGCUAGAGCUCCAGAGCCAGCAUUCAGUGGUCUGAGAAGGAUCCGGAAUGAAAAACUCCAAGAGCGAUGUGAGGUGGGCACCGACUCUAAGUGAGUGCAGGCAGGGAGAGGCCGGCUGAGGCCCGGCUGCCCUUGCUGAGCCCCUACAUCGCACAGAGUUGCCCGCCCAGAGCACUGAAUCAUGGCGGGCAGCCUGGCAUCUCCCAGCUCCCCUUUUGUACGUUUUUCUGGUCACUGUUUCUUUGGGCGUGGUUUACAUAACUUUAAACUGUAACAGCCUUAACAGAAGACCAAAUUGUUUUUUUAUAUGUGUAUGUACAAACUUUUAUAUUAACGCCCUGCAUCUCCCUUAUAACCUGGACAUGAGUCUUCAGAGUAAAGGCCACACAGCCGCGAAGCUUUGGAGGCUCAGACCCACACUGAGGGACAGCUCGGGGGACAGUCUGAGGGCUAGGACCUUGCAUGAGAGGUUUGGACGCUUGUGGCCCCUGACUGCCCCAAGUCUGUCUUGGACUCGUAUUCUGGCCCGGCAGUGGCCACGUGGCCGACGUGCAUUCGAGGGAACAGUGAGCCUUCCGUAGUGAUCAAGACUGUUGGCUGGAGCCAGGACACGAGGUGGUAGGCAGCCUCCACUCCAGGCACCACAGACCUCACAUCCCAGGGAGACUCGAAGGUGGCCAUCACUCCUUGGUCCACUGUGCCCUGGACACAGGAGGCUGGAGGAGGCCACCCUUGGCACUGCCCGCCCCAUGUGGCAGAACAGGAGCCCGCAACUCAGGACCACUCAUAGGUGGGGAGGGCAAGGCCUGGAGUUGUAUGUCCCUACAAGUCUACAGUGACAGCCUGGACAUCUGGCAUCUCCGGAGCGGGGCUCCCCUCCUGGGCUCAGCCCACUCUCCAGACACCUGGACACAUGGCCCCAGACCUGGAACAAGAGGCACCCACAGGCCAUGUGAAAUUAAAAAAAAAGUGCCUGAGAA